AUGGCCUACGCAGCUGCGGCCGAAGCCGCCACCGACCCCUUGCACCUUCAGAUGUUGGGCCCCGACGGCCAAGUCCUCGCCGAUUUCGCGAUGUUCGAUCGGGAUCUCCGUGAUUUCUGGAAGCUGUUCUUCAGCGGGCUCGCUUACAUCGUGAGGCUCGUCAACACCCACGUAAUCGUCGGCAUCAUGACCUUGUACAUGGCGAUUUCAUUCAUGCUGAAGAAUGACACGCGCAACGUCGGGGAGCUGUUCGAGCGCUCCAAGGGAGCUUGCAGCAUGUUCAUGUGUGCUCGCGGGAGUGCUUCCGUGCUCACCGCGGCCGUCACCACCCUCAGCUUCCAGGCGGGCUCGCGACAGCAGGCAGCAAGCGGCGCUGGCGUGGCCGUGCUCCGGCGGGAGGCGCCCGAGGCACGGCCUGUGCCUCCGGCCAGCCGUGGGACUCUGCCCUGCGACGAAGCGCCUGGAAAGCUGACAAAGAGCGCCUUAAAAACUUCCAAGGAGCGCUUGAAAAGGUUCACAAGCUUCACAAUCUUCAGAACCUACAGCCAGGGAGUGGACCAGCUCACCGGGGAAUGGACCGACCAGUGUACCCGGAGAAACAACUUUUUCGAGCGCCGUCAUGGGUGGAAUGGGGAGACCGUAGUCUUCUUCUCCCUGCGCUGGGGCGUCUGGGCGGCCAGCCUGUGGACCAGGCGCGUUGAUGAGGUCGUCUACGGCACCCUGCAGGACAGGAUGGCGCCCGCCAAGGAGUCGUGGAGGAAGCUCUUCGAGUGGAAGUUCACGCACUGGAGCGCCCCGGGAGUAUGCAGAUGCAUUGUACCGGUUGGAAUUGUACUGAAGUGGAGAUCCCGGCUCUGCCCGCUGCCGCGCACGACGUUCGGGGAUUCGGCCCUCGGCGGCAAGUUGGCCGCGGCGGUCCUCCUCGGCCACGGCGGGCUCUUCGCGCUGCGGCUGCUGCUGGUGCCUCGGAUUUACACGAUCGCAGCCUGUAUGGUCUACGCCAUGGUGUACGCCGUGGGCCUCGGUGUGGCCGUUUGGAUCGCCGCGGUGAAGGUGCUAUGCUUAAAGUCGUUCGCGUACGAGCUGGACCACUUCCUGGGGGACCCAGAUGUGCUGCACGGUGUCGCCUUGGUGAUGGGCAUCGCUGCUAUCGGUUUGGGCAAGAGGCUACCGCAGAUGCUUGCCGCAGUGUCGGCGACAACCUUGGGGCUCUACGUUGGCUUGGUCGUACAGAACCGGCAGCAAUUCAGCGAGCCCGUGUUCGGCACUGUGGAAAUUCCCGAAGGCGUCUGGGUCCCGAUCGUCGCGGGCGUGGUGGCGGGCGCCGCGGCGGCGAGCCUGGCCUACCUCACCUGGAGGGUAGCCCUCGUGCUCUUGACUGGCAGCAUUGUUAUGUUGUUGGGCUUGGCGGUUUGCCGUAUCUUGAACGUUCCACCCGAACGCAUCUUCACAGUCGGCGUGUCCUUGCUGUCCGCGUAUCGCGUGGUGGGCGCCAUCGUGCUGAUCGUGGCGAUCAUAGGGUCGGUGCUGCUGGUGAGGCGAUUCCACAAGGGAAUGGUCAGCUUCGCCUCCGCCAACCUGGGCACGCUGCUGCUGCUCUCGGGCGUCUCCUACUUCUCGCAGAAGGCGGGCGCGGAGGCGCCGUUCAGCCUCCUGGACGACUUGGCGCGCAUCUUGUCGGAGGUGCGGGGCGGCCGCUGCCACCUCUGGGAGGCCUCCCGCGAGGGCCAGGAGGCUGGAGACGAUCCGGGCCUCCACGGCUGCGAUUGCGAGGAGCAGUGCAGAACGGAGCACUGGUUGAACUGGUGCGUACCUCUUUCUUCGAGGUUCCAAUGGAAUUGGACGCUUAUACUGGGAUGAGAAAGAAUUGCUCAAGAGACACACCGAGUUGUCUCUGAGAGAGAUUGUUGAGAUCUGGUGCAGGCAGGCGCGGGACAGAGCCACUCCACACAGAGCUUGUUUUCUUCAACCUCCUGCGCCACACCACCGACAAGGAGGCCAGGAGUGACAUCGUCAGGGUCCAGAGGAGAUAGCUGGGGGCAUUGACAUGGAGCUUCCGUGUACAUUCGGUUCCACACCGUAUUGACGAGUCGGCUUUGGAUGCCUUCUCUUACGACGAGCUGGAGAUGAAGAUUGGCAUGUGGCAUGGGAAAGGUACUGGGUUAGAGGCUGCGCCCGCGGAUCCACAAGGACGUGCUGGAGGCUUCUCUAUGUGCCAAGCGGUGGACACGGGGUCAAGGGCAUCCUCCUCUUUCUCCUCCUCCUCCUCCUUCUCCUCCUCCUUCCCCUCCCCCUCCCCUUCCCUCUCAUCCCCCUCCCCUCCCC